UUAUAAUAGCAACUGAAGCUAGCUCACUGUGUGAGUGAGUGAGUGUGUGUGUGUGAGAGAGAGAGCUGAGAAUGAGUGUGUGGGGUUUUUGAAAUAAGGCUUAACAAUACAGAAGAUAUAAGAAUAUCGUGUAUAUGAGUUUACCGGGAUUUCCUGCUCCUGUCAUGAGAUUACUUCCUGGCUCACCCUCCUUCUGCAGUUGAUGAUUCUCCAGCUGGUUUGGAGAUGGCGGACAGCGUCAGGGCCUUUCUCCGCAAUGUUGCGACGGGGAUGAAGGAUUCUAUUCUGGGGAUCGCGACGAUCACGAAGCUCGACGCUCGCAUUCAGCAGAAAAGGGAAGAGCAGCGACGGCGACGAGCAAGCGGCCCGCUGGCACAGAGACGGGCGCAGAGUCAGGACCGUAAACAUGAGAAUGAGCCCAAAGUAGCGAGUAGGAUUUUUCAGUGUUGUGCCUGGAACGGAGGCGUGUUCUGGCUAAGUCUGUUUCUUUUCUACCGAGUGUUUAUACCACUGCUCCAGACUCUCACUGCAAAAAUCAUCGGUGAUCCGUCACUGCAUGGAAAUGUAUGGUCCUGGUUGGAGUUCAUCCUUACGUCAGUGUUCAGUGCGCUUUGGGUCCUGCCUCUGUUUGUGCUCAGCAAGAUCGUCAAUGCCAUCUGGUUCCAGGACAUUGCCGACCUGGCUUUCGAAGUAUCCGGACGCAAAGCUCAGCCUUUUCCGAGUGUGAGCAAGAUUAUAGCAGACAUGCUCUUCAACCUCCUCCUCCAGGCCCUCUUCCUCAUUCAGGGAAUGAUUGUGAGUCUGUUUCCCAUCGACGCGAUCGGACAGACGGUCAGCCUCCUUCACAUGUCUCUGCUAUAUUCGCUCUAUUGCUUUGAAUAUCGCUGGUUUAACCAUGGGAUCGAGAUGCACCAGAGGCUGUCGAACAUUGAGAGGAACUGGCCAUAUUACUUUGGCUUCGGUCUGCCCAUGGCCCUGCUGACUGCACUGCCAUCUUCAUACAUCAUCAGUGGCUGUCUCUUCUCCAUUCUGUUUCCGCUCUUCAUUAUCAGCGCCAACGAGGCCAAGACACCUGUGAAGCUCUAUCAUUUCCAGCUUCGCCUCUUCUCCCUUGUGGUCCUGAUCAGCAACAAGCUCUUCCACAAGACGGUUCAUCUGCAGACAUCUCUGACCUCCUCGAGCUCCACAGAGAAACUAACGUCUCCUCACGCGUCCCCGAUCCGCCACAAAGCUCCGCCUCAUCAGUGACCUCAGGCGCUCUGCAGACAGGAAUACGAUAUUGCAUUCUUUGUGUUUUAAAUGCAUUUUAAUGUCCUUGAGGAAAAUUUAUAAGGCUUUGUUUUAACUGUAAAUGACAAGCGAGAGCUGUGUAUCGACAUCGGACUGAUUUUUGUACCCGUCUUGUGCCAUUCGGGUGAUUUUAUAGGAACUACAGCACAAAAACAUGUUUUAGCCACAUCGCACCUAGUCGCUGCCCUCACUGCUCUUUUUACCUGGCCUUGUCAUUUCCUUUAUUACCCCAGCUAAUGGCUGCAUCUGAGUCGUGUUUGUGUCGUUAACGAUAGAGCAAUGGAACAAUUGAAAAGCCCUUUUAAUUUACAAAAUAAUGCCUAGUUCAUGCUUUACGUUUUUUGUUUUGUUGUAGCCUCUCAACCAGUCAGUCUCUGUUACACGUGAUGAACUAAACAAGCUGCACUUUUUCUAUAAGGAUGGUCCUGUUCAAUACGAAAAAUAUAGAGCUGAAUGCGGAACUCCAAUCAGAUCUUACAGCAAUCAAAAAUGACAACGAGGCUUUACGCUGCUGCUGUUCAUGGGUCAUGUCCGGACCUGUUGUUAAGCUCGAUAAUGCCAUGGCCAAGUCUAACCUUCAGUACAGUCACCGUCCUUCUCAUGAUAUUCAUGUAUCAAUCAAUAUUCAUAUAGAUGUCAUCUAGGAAUCUUAACAGGUUAACGUUUAUUAACGUUUGACCGAAGCACAUACAGUACAAAGGCCCCGGCUCGCGUCAGCAAAUCCACUCGGGGGAGAGAGAUGUGUGGUGUACUUAUUUUAUUUUAUUUUAUUUUUUGUUUGUUUUGUUUUUUAACCUGUAUGUCAUUAACGUAAGAAGUGAAUAUAGUGUUACCAACGCAGGUUGGUGUUUGUGAGUGAUUGUUUUUUGUAAAAAGUAUUAAACCUUAUUUCAAUAAAUUUGGUCUGUAUAUACAA